CGCCCGACAACAACUACCCGAACCCUGGGCCUUGGGUUGCAGUAGUAGCAGGGUCUUAGUAGGCAGUGACAGUCACGUUUAAGUUCCCACCCUAUUGCUGGAGAGAGGACCUCUAAUCAGCCACCAUGGCCAAGUUUACCUUCCACGGGCUGAUGGCGCCGUCUUUCGCCCCCUUCCACAAUGAUGGAUCGCUCAACCUGGACGUCAUCCCCGCCUACGCCAAGCACCUGCGCGAUACGGGUGUCGCUGGGGUGUGGGUGAAUGGGACAGCUGGCGAGGGUAUGUCCAUGACCGUGGCCGAGAGAAAGAAGUUAGCCGAAGCCUGGAUGGCCUGCAAGAAGGACGUGGCCACCGUGAUUGUCCAGUGCGGGGCAGGAUGUCUGUUGGAUACUCAGGAGCUGGCCCGACACGCCGAGUCCUUAGGAGCGUCUGGAAUAGCGGUGUUCCCGUGCAUCUUCGACAAGCCCCAAACCGCCGAUGACCUCGUCGACUACAUGGUGGAGGUGGCGAAGGCGUGUCCCAGGACCCCGCUCUUCUAUUACCACAUCCCCAUGAAGACUCAGGUCAAUUUGUCCAUGAGCGAGUUCCUGCAGAAGGGCGUGGAGCGAAUCCCGACCUUGUGUGGCCUCAAGUUCACCGACAGAGACGUGUCUGGCGAAGGCAAGAAGUGCCUGGAGGUGGCUGGCGGGUCACUCACCAUCUUCAACGGCUUUGACGAGCAACUUCAGGAAGCCGUCAGUCAAGGCUUCAGCUGCGGCGUCAACGUGUGCUACAACUUCAGCGCGCAUCAUGCAGCUGACAUUUUAUCCCUCAUGAAAGCAGGCAAAGUCGACGAGGCCAAGGAGGCUCAGAAGGCCAUCGUCGACCUCUUGGGCGUCAUCUUCAAGCCGACCAGCGGAUUCACGGUCGCCGGAGUGAAGGCCGCCAUGACACUCCUGACGGGCUUGGAUGUCGGUCCUUCUCGUCUUCCGGUGAAACCCCUCACGCCGGCUAUGAAGGAAUCUCUGAGGGCUGACCUUGCCGCCCGUGGGUUGGUCAAAUAGAGAGAAUGGGGAGAUGGUGUCUGUUGAUGAUGAUGAUGGGUAAUGGUAAUGUUGGAUUUGUCUUUGGUUUGGAUGGGACUGAGGUGAUGAGUAUGUGGUAUCUGAAGGGCGUGUGGGUAUGCAGAUUUAGAUAUACAUGCGCAUUAUCACAUGCCCAGGUCAUCGUUAUUUAGAGAUAUGAAUGUACUUAUGUUAAUGGGGUUGUUAAGGAACCGCUAUUUUUUCAGAAUGCAAAUGUUUCAUAAAUAAAGUUUCAAACA